AUAAGUAGAAAAGGAGUGAAAUGUCUCAGCUAUUUUCUAUUUAUAUAUAUUAAAUUUCUUCUCUGUUAGUAUUUAAAGCAAUCUUAGAUGCCGCUUGUUAAUAAAUAUUGUUCAAAUUAUCAUGUAGUUAUUUUCUUCUAUUUAUAUACCAACUAUGUUUAAUUCAACGUCAAUACUGAUUUAUACAUUGUUUUACAUUAUUGUAUCUAUUUGUUUUGUAUUUAAAACCACUGAGUUUGUGUCUAAUGGCCUCACAGUAGAAAAUCUAUUUGAAAAUUUUGUUGGAAAAGAGUAUGACAAUUUUAUAGUACAUCACAUUAAACGGACAUCACUAACUAUUAUUAUUCAUUCAAGUAUUCCAUUAGUUUAUCUUCUUGGUACAUUAUUAGCAAAUGAUAGUGAAGAAGAAAUUGUAUAUCAAUAUUUUUAUGAAUUAUUUUGUUUGGCUUUAAUACCUGUAGUGUUAAGUUGUUCAGUACUAUAUAAAUGGAUGUCUAAUAAUUGGGCAAAUCAUCCCUUAGUAAAGAUACUAAUAAGAUAUGAUCCAGGUGAUUGGAUGUUAGUAGCACGAGAGAUAUCAAUGGAGUAUCAAUGUUUGCAGAAAUUAACUCUAUCAUGUGGUACACUUACUCGAAUAAUUGUUACUGAUAAUUGGGUGCUUUCUAUAAACUUAUAUUCUGUAAAUAUAGCUAAAAAAAUGGAAAGUUCAUUUGUAGUAUAUAGUUCUGAUAAUCAUAAUACAUCACCUGAUGGAAAUCUUGGAUCUGUACAAUUUAUCAAUAUCCAAGUUAUACCUAUUCGAGCUCGUGUCAAAUCUUUUUUUAUUAGAAUUAAAUCUGAAGAUUUUAAAACUUUGGAAGAGAAAAUUGGCCAACCUAUACAGAUAGCUGAUAACAUUAAAUUGCAACGUUCUAGGACUGAACGUUUCAUUGAAGUAUUUCGUGACGAAGUUAGACAAAAUCCAGUUUACUCAAAUUAUAGUGCUACAGAUAUUGAAGACUCAAUUUGUGCUGGUUGUUUAGUAAAUCCUCCAGACAUAAAGCUUACUAAAUGCUGUGAAGAUAAUGAUGAUACUGAUUUGCCCAAGUGUUCUUCUUGUCAAUGUAGGCCAAUGUGGUGUGUGGAUUGCAUGGCUAAAUGGUAUGAAUCACGACAACCACAAAAUAAUGAAACUCUGUGGCUAUCCUCAAAAUGUACUUGUCCUCUAUGUCGUCGAGUGUUUUGUAUAUUGGAUGUCUGCGCAUUGCAAAAUUCUGAACUAGCCAGAGUUAAUUGAAUAAUGACAAUAAAUGUGACUUUAAUUCUGUGAUAAUGUAUUUAGUUAAAAAUCUUCUAAAACUUUUUUAUUUUAUCACAUUUUGUCAAUUUAAUUGAAUAAUAUUUUAAUAACCUUGUGUAUGUAAAAUUUCUUUUAAGUUUGAUUUACAGAGUAUAUUAACAAAAAAGACUUAACUAAUUUUUUUAAAUUUAAUAUUUUUAAUUAAAAUAUAUGAAUAAGUAAUUGAGGCUCAAU